UAAACGAUAAGUUUGAAAUAAAACAGAAAAAGCUACUGAUUGGAAACAAAAUAAUAAAUCAUGCCGCAAAUAUAUUAAUCGAUUACCACUCGUAACCAUUGAACAUCCCAUGCAACCAAAAAAAACUCUAGAUAGAAAUGAAGUGGUACAUAAGCAUUACUCUCGGUGCUGCCGUUCGAUACAUGUUGAUGAACUCAGACUAUGCAGUCACGAUCCAGAAUCGGGUUGAAGUUGCCACCCCUCUCAACUCUUGGAAAAGAGCGGUUGAAGGGGCGUAUCUAUACGCCAACGGGACCAAUCCCUAUGACAGUGAUUUGUAUCAUCAAAAUGCACUCGUGCUCGUUUCGGUUUGGUACUUAUUCCAGCAAGCUGCAAGCAUCAUUGCCAUGACUUUCAUUCAGCUUGAAGUGGGUACGAUACUGAUGCUCAAGGUUGCCGCUGCAGUGUUUAUCAAGGAGCUGUACAGCAAACAACUAAAGCGGAGCCGAUCGUUUGCAAAGGGGACAAAGGAGCUGCAAAUUUCGAAGGAUGAUUUGGAAUACAUUCCUUACUAUGUAGCCCUAGCAUAUAUGUUCAAUCCGUACUCAAUCUUGAACUGUGUCGGACAGACGACCACAGUUUUGAGCAACUUUUUGCUGGCAUUGUUCCUAUUGGGUACAUCAUAUAGGCUAAGAAUCAUAGCCUGUGUUGCAUUGGCACUGGAAACCCAAAUCAAUAUCUAUCCUUGUGUGCUGAUAAUUCCAUCGGCGUUGUUUAUCGCAGAGCAUGAUAAAAAUAAGACCUUAAGUAUAAUUGCUACUUGUCUAACCUUCUUGCUAGCUUUCCUGGCGGUUAAUGGUGCGGCGUUCGGCAUCAUUGGUGACUGGAGUUUUCUGGAUGCAACGUAUGGUUUCAUUCUGAACUCGCGCGAUCUGCAGCCAAAUAUUGGUCUGUUUUGGUACUUCUUUACGGAAAUGUUUGACCACUUCCGGACACUAUUCCUCUGUACAUUCCAAAUCAACGCAACUGUGCUGUAUUUAUUCCCGCUGACAUUCAAACUUCACAAGGAACCGAUCAUGCUGAUGACGAUGUUGUUGGCACUGGGUGUAGUUUUCCGACCGUAUCCCUGUGUGGGAGAUAUUAGCAUGUACUUAUCGCUGCUGCCACUUUGGAAAUCAAUCUCAAAAUUCAUGGGCCACAAUUUCAUCGUGGGGGCAACGAUGCUUGUUACCAGUGUUUUGGGACCCACUGUGUGGCAUUUGUGGAUUUACUCCAAUUCAGCUAACGCAAACUUCUACUUUGGUGUUACUCUAGUUUUCUGUACGGCGCAGAUCUUCCUCAUAACGGAUCUUUUCUUCGCGUACAUCAAGCGGGAGUUCUGUCUAAAGAACGGAAUGCACAUCACGAUCGACGGCAAGGAAGCCAGAAUAGCGCUGGAGUGAGAAAGAGUAAGUAUUGAUGAAGGCUGUUGACUUUAAGUGUGACAAAUAGAUUGAAAACAAUUACGAA